AUGAAGUUUUUCAUUGUCCUGCUUGCAAUUGCUGCCUACGCAAUGGCCGAAGCCGGCCCAGAUCUGGAAGCGAGAGCUGGGUGCUCUUUGAAGGGACAAUUCUGCAAUUUCGGGGGCACAUUUCGGUGCUGUUCAGGACAAGGAACCUGUAUUGGAGAGAACCCAAGCUCUAUCACAGGACUGAUAUGGCCAAACAUGAUAGCGGAUGGCUAA